GGAUUGCUUUAAUUUGUUCCAAUUCAAACAAAGAUCAUGACAUCGUCAGCUAAUGCAAGAUCAAUUCAAUGCCUUGAGAACGAAGAAAAAGCAAAAUGUAUUGCAUUUUUAUGAUUCAUAAAAAAAAUUAUAAGUGAUCCGUUUCAGAACAAUAAAAUUCUUAACGGAAAUCAUAACAAAUUCACUUCAUUGAACAUUUAUGCAUGAAAGACACAAUAGACUACACAAAUAUCUAUCUACAAUCAAUGCGAUAUAAAGAUUAUCCAUCCACUUACAACUUCAGAGUAUACACAUAUCAUAUAUGCAUGUGCGUUUAGGUGAAGAAAUUAUUAAUAACAAAGCACAAUCCAAUCGUUAAGCUUUUGAGUAUCUCUAAACUGUCUAGAGUGGCACUGUUCUCCGAGACCUGCGAGCUAACAAUGAGUUUGGUUGUGCUUUUUAAGAGAGUGUCGAUUUUUGAAUCCGACGCCUUCACCGCCGUCGUCGUCAGACGACAACCAGCGAGAACGUCAACUAGACACACAUGUUUAUAAUUCUCCUCUUUUAGAAAAUUAAGAACAAGUUAGUCUUUCGUGAAUCUCCGCGCGUGGAUGAACUCUAUAUUUCCAUAUUGCUGCUCAAAAAGCAAGAAAAGAUUUCCAAAAUUAUUAUUAUAUUACUGCGCACCUAUAUGUGUUUGGUACAUCAUCGUCGUCGUCGGUUCUAUAAACAAACCAUCCCAAUAAUCGGAAAUAUUUAAACGAAGGUUAUUUUUUCUUAUUAUUUGUUUAAUUAUUUUUUAUUAAUAAACAAAAAAAAAAGACUGAAAUUCUGAUAAUACCCCAAGUCAGCCCAGUGUAUCAAAAUGUUUAAAAUUCAAAAGAUAUUUUGGAUUAUUACACGUGCUGACGUACUUGAUUAGAUUUGACUUGCAGUCUGGUGAGUGAAAUGAAGGCAAUGCGGUUUCAAAAAAGUUAUUGUGCCAAUUAUAAAUUUAAAAAUUCUUCUUCUUAAAUGCGGAAAAUAAAUGAUAUAUAUCUUCUGUUGAUUUUACAAAUAUGGAGAACUAACCUAUUUUAUUAAGUUGUUGAUUUCCUGAAAGGUUAUUUAUUUAUAUUUAUUUUGUUGUUGUUGUGUGUUUAAUGACUUAAGCUCAAUAGUCAUAAUAUUUGAUUGGUAAAGAAGGGUAAAGAAAGAAGUAGCUUUAGCGCUUAAAGCACGUAUAUAUGAAAUCUCCCCAUAAAAUUUUAUACUGACUGACGCGCCGCUAACUGAGAGACUGUGUUUUGUACCUUGGAACAACAGUGUUUCCGAAACGUGUGGAUCAUUUCUAAAAAUAUAAAAUUAAAUUAUCUACCGGGCAAAUAAGCAAUUUAUUUACUUUUGCGUAUAUGGAUGGAACAGAAACAUGUUUAUUUUUUUUUAUUCUUUUUUUGUUUCAUACAACAGAUUUUCAUCGGCAAGAAGUAUUGUUUUCGUGUUUAGUUUUGAAAAAAAAAAUGAAGUGUGAUUCUGUCAUUUGAUGUUUAUUUUUAAUCUUCGUCGUCCAAGAGAGUGAACAACAAACAAUCAUAGAUAUUUUAAACAACAACAAAAAUGAAAAAUAAUCUAAAUAAAAGCAAUCUUGUUGUUGCUGCCGCUGCUGCUAUUGCACAUAAACUAUUGCUUUAAAAUUUUUAAUCUCAAGUAAAAAAAAAAGAAACUUUUCAAAAAAAGUAAAAUACCUACAAAAAGGACAAAAGUUGUGAUAAAUUUAAUAUUUAAUUCAGUUUACAAACAAAAAUCAUUAAUAUGGGAUCAACGAAGAAAACCAAGUCUUCCGAUACUCUUGUUCGAUCGACUACUGAAUGCAGCAUACUAACUACGACCACAACCACGGCGACAUACCGCAGCAGUUCGACUUCUGCUAUGAUGGCAUCCGUCCGGCCUCAAACUUUAAAUGUUAACAACCCGCGAGAAGCACCAACAGUUGAAGCAAAAUAUUUUAUUGGUGAAGCAUUAAAUGCAUGGAGAGCCAAGGCAAGAUGCAAUGUAGUUCCAGCCGAACGUGUGCAAGAGUUAUUUCACGAGCUUCAAUUUAACCCGAGUGAAAGACAAAUUAGCGAAAUGUUACAAACGGCAAAGAUGUUUGCCCGAAAAGGCAGCCGCCAGUGGCAUGGAUUGACCUUUGGUGAAUUUUGUGUUCUUGCUGCAGAUUUAAAACGUUUUAGAACAUCCAGUUUUACACCGAUAAAUGAAAAAUUACACAUACUUAACGCUCGAGAUGAUGAAAAUGAUAUGGAUAGCAAUCCUGUGAGUUCAGGAAAUAGAACUCAAAGAUCACGUCACAAAAGUACAAAAGUAAAUGAUCAAAAUACAAAAUCCGAUCUAGAAAACAACUGCCCAUCAUCAAGUGCUCCUUCACCAAAUGACACUGGAACACCAGUUGAGGUUUUCUUAGGAGGUUCUUGUAAUCCAACAACAUGGAGAAAAGACGUUGCAAUACCAGCCCUUGAAUCACUUGGAAUUUCUUUCUAUAAUCCACAAGUAUCUGAUUGGACACCAGAUUUAAUUGAACUGGAACAUCGGGCCAAAGAGAAAGCAAGAGUACUAUUCUUUGUGAUGGAUUCAGAAACAAGAGCAUCUGCUGGCGCUAUUGAAGCAGCUCAUAUUGCUGGUCAGAAUUGUCAGCAAUUGGUAUUGGUGCUGCAUCCGUAUAAGCCAGAUCAAUUUAUACUUAAUGAACCUCUAUCGCACCAGGAAUACAUUGACUUGACGAGGAACCAACAAAUGCUGCGAGAACUAGUUACUCGAAGGGGCCUACCCGUAUUGGAUAAUAUCCCAUCGGGCUUGCAAAGAACUAAGGAAAUUUUAGCUGGAAUACGUGAUCCACCAUCAAAUAUUGCUUCGAUUUUGAUAGUAGUACGUGGAGCUUUUGAUAGAGUAAACGCAAUGAAAGAGCUUAUUUCAUUGGAACAAUGUCAACGGGCUCUUUCGAUCUUGGGCUAUGCCCAAAGUCUUUUGACAAUAGAAAAUCUUAAAAGCGUUAUUUUAUCACAGCGUGAAUCUUUAGAUAUGUCACCAUCAUCUUGUAUGGGGAUAGAAUCAUCAUCUCAGCCAGCCCCAUCGGCGUCGGCGGCAACAAGCAAUACGCCGCGUUGUAAAAAUUUUUUGAAAAAAGAAACGACUACAAAAAGAAACGAGUUUCAAAUAGAUUUCGAUCAAUUUUGUAUUUUGGCAGCUUAUCUGUCAGUAUUACAACAAGAGAUACAUGAAAGUGGAUGCAUAUCGCCAAUUAAAGGAACAAAUGUACCACCACCUCCAGUUUAUUUGGCUAACUUGCAAGGAUUUCACUGCCGUCCUGGAGACGAUAACAUCACGAUAAAUUUCUUUACAAAACAUGUCUUUAAGACAAGUAGUAGCACGAGUGUACCUGGUGGCGAAGAGCGUCAUAGUGAUAUUGGUGGCAGUCGUAAUAGAGACAGUGGAACCUCGUCUCCUCAACCUUCAGACUCAAUGAUGGGGGUAGUAGCUAAAUCACGCUCAACACAAAUUGCACAAUGCUCAAAAAUGCUCGUCAAUUACGAGCUUAUGAUGUCGAUUAACAGUAGUUGUAGUGAAAACAAUACCACAGAAGAGGAGAGUGAUUCAAAUGAUUCGGUAUUCUCAAGCAGUGACAGCUCAAUAAAUUCAAUCCACUGUAGUGGAGAUUCUGCAUUUUCGAGUUUUGAAAUACGCGAUGUGUAUUUAGGCGGAAGUUGCUUUUUGCGAACCAAAUGGCGACAAGAUUAUGCUAUGCCUUAUUUCAAAUCCAAGAAAAUAACGUUCCAUUUACCUGCCUUACACGAGAGUAUUCAGCCGUCCCAGCUUGAUUUACCGGACAAAUCAUUUGAGGAUUCGAAUUCCCAGGGAGGGAGAGGGAAACCAGUGGGCGAAAAGCUUAUUACUGGGCACUUGUUGCGGAAAAUGGAACGAGAAAAAGCACACAAUAGUUCACAUGAUUCCACAAACGACCAUGUUGAAUCAACGAACUGGCCGCUUAAUAUACGCCCGAAUCUCUAUAAUCCGUCAUUAAUGGAUUCAAGUCGAGUUCUUUUGUUCGUUAUAACCAACGAGACAAGGUCACUUGCACCAAUGACACUUGCAGCUCAUAGCAUCGGUCUCAUGUAUAAUGUUGUGCUAUGCGUACAAAUGCUCCCUGAAAAUUGCGUCUUAGGACAAGAAAAGUUAACUCCGACUGCAAUAAAAGACUACAAUCGAGGCAGAUCAUAUCUCAUUGAUUUGGCUAAACGACAAGGCGUUCCCGUUUUUAACGAUCUCAAAUCGGCGCUCGAGUGUACUGCAGAAAAGAUUAAAGCUUUAAAAUUCCAGAAAAAUUGUCAAACAAACGACAUUACCAGCGAGGAGAAGAAAGGCAUGUCUUGUCCCCAAUAAAAAAAAUUAAUGUUAUUCUUUCGUGAUAUUAAUAAAUCUAAAUGUGAGCAAUAGAUAAAAUAUUAUAUUUUACUAUUAGAUCACAUAUGAAUGAUGAAAACAGAAAAUUAGGUUAGGAAUCAAUGAAUAUUAUAAUUUAUUUUGUUAAUAUUAAAUCUUUUGUUAAUGUAUGUAUGUAAUAACCAAUUAGACAAAUUUUACUUACAUUGUAAAUCUUUGACACAAAAAACAAGAAAUCAAAAAACAAAAUUUUGGAAGCGAAUAUUUUAUUUAGUUAAUUUAAAAAUGAUUUAAAAUUAUUGUAAUGUGUAAUGAUGUGAGCGGAAGCAAUUUUUAUGU